UCAAAGUCCAUCGUUUGACAUGACUGUACUUUAUUAAAAAUUCGCAAGAAAUGCUAUAGUGGAUUAUUCUUUAAAAAUUGACAACAAAUAUUUAAGAAUCCCCUGUAUUAAAUUAUCAUGGCGUCUAUAUUGAAAAACUGGCGAGAAGCAGCUACGUUGAUUUUAGUAACGUCUUCCAACAUUUCCAGAUCAGCACGUAUCCAGUUAACAAAUGCAACAUUGGCAAAGGAAUCGACGACAGGAGAAUCUACUACCAGCGAUGUAAAAGCACGCAAGCAAUCUAUUAUUAGAGAAGACGAUUUUGAAGUUUUAAUGUUAAAAAGAAGUGCUAAAAGCAAAUUCAUGCCUAAUGUUUAUGUAUUCCCAGGUGGUGUUGCUGACAGUGAUUUUUCCGCUCAGUGGUUGUCUGUUUUUAAUAAAUUAGGACAAAAUGUGUGUAAAAGAAUUUUCGAGAAUGUUACUGUUGACUCUUCUAAAGCUGCCCCUAUGUUUACCCGAGAAAGAAGCCAAGCUUACACAGCAAUUCCAUCCGAAGUAGCUUUUCGCAUCUGCGCUAUUAGAGAAACCUUUGAGGAGUCUGGGGUACUAUUAGCACAGCCAGCUAAUCAAUCAAUAGCCAGUUCAAUUUAUUCUCAGAAUAGGGUUUUAAGCCCUGCCCUAUUACACGAGGAUGUCAAUGUUAUCAAUAACUGGAGACAACGUGUCAAUAAGGAUCCAACAGAGUUUCUUAAAAUGUGCCUCGAGCUAGACCUUGUACCGGAAGUGUGGUCACUAUAUGAGUGGUCAAACUGGUUAACUCCGACGCUCAGACAUGAACAAGGCCGCAGGUUCGAUACAGCCUUCUUUGUUUGUUGUGUAGACCACAAGCCCACUGCUGCAGUAGAUUUAGCUGAAACUGUAAAUGCACUGUGGGCCUCACCAAGCUCAUUAUUAUCGGCAUAUUUUAAACAGAAGGGUGGCUUGGCACCACCUCAGGUGUAUGAACUUUCCAGGCUACUGAAUUUUAAAUCUGCAAGUGAUCUUCAUCACUUAGUUAGUGGCCCUAAUCGCAGCAGAGUGGAGAGAUGGCUUCCUAUUGCACUUGUGUGCAAGACUCACACUCUGUCACUGAUGCCAGGUGACGACCUUUACCCAGAAGCCGUAGACAAUGUAGACCCACAGAUUUUAAACUUUGAUGAGGAGAGUCUGGAAGAGCUGAACACUAAAUACAGGAGGCAUCACAGAGUUGUCAUGGGCAAGGGACAGGCAGAUCCUGGCAUGCACAUACUGUGUAAUACACAGCCAUCUGAGGGUCACGUCAACCCAAAUAUUGAUUUGUUUGAGAAAAUAAGGCUCAAGGCUAACUUGUAG